GCCACCACUGUUCCGGCUCAGUGAGAGACAACUCCAAAAACGGUGUCACUCUUCUCUUCCUCGAUGUUUCUCAGUACUCCCUAGUCGCCAUCGAUACUCAGGCAUGUGCUGUUAUAGCCAUUCGUUUAUUGGUUGCAAAUUGGGGCUUAGACAGAGUGGCAUCUAUCGUGGAAGAGAUUGUAAUGGCAUUGCUUUCACUUUUAAGUCUGAAAAGCAGAAGUUACAGGAAGAAGUUGUUGAAACUCUGACAAAAAUUAUAGAUUCGAUACCACUGGCCAAUUUUGGCAAUUAUUGCGAUACUGCAAUUCCCCCACUACAAGAGAUUCUGUUUCAUGACUAUAGUUCAUCUAGAUUGUUACUCCGUGCCAAAUGUCUAGAAUGCAUAAGGAUUGUCUUCAAAGCUGAGCAAGAGCACCGGAGUCUCAUACAAGUGAAUGUUCAUGGGGUCAUGCAUUCUUUCACAUCACUUGAAGGAGAAUUGAGGAGGACGGAUUACUUAACAAGAGAUCAUAUCUUUAAGCAUGUGGUGGAUGCAUUUCUUGAUGUGGGAGGAGUGGAGAAAGCAUCUGUCAACACUUUUCACAAGCUUAUCCGAGCUCUGUGUGGAACAAAAUCUCUAAAAUUGGGUUAUUUCUCAACAAAGAUGCUACUUUGUCCCUAUUUUAGAUUUUCCGAAUUUUCGCCAUUUACUUCGUCUGGAGAUCAUUUUUCCAUGUUUCAACUCAAGUUUUCUGAGAAAUGUCACGUACUUCAAGUUCUUACAAUUAGUAACUGGGAGGAGCAGAAACCAUUACAUUUACAAAGUUGGGCGCAGCCAACAAGGGUUCCUAAUUGUCUUCGAUCACACCUGACCUCUUUUGAGUUUGACGGCUAUCGAGGACUUGAAGAUGAGCUGGAAUUUGCCAAAUAUAUUUUACGAUAUGGAUUUGUUUUGAAGGCAAUGAACAUCAGUUCCCACAGAUCGUUGGACUUAAGCGAAAAGAGGGAUAUUCACAGACACUCAUUAUAUGAUAUACGACCGGGCUCUAGCGUGUGCCGAUUUUAUUUUUUUUGAGCUGAAUCUCAUUAAGUGCUUCUCACUUUUAUUGGAAAGGUUUGGAGACCGUGGUCCUUAGUGCGCCUUGUGUUGCCAUGUUUUGCCAGAUGCUUUCGGCUUCACUAAAGUAUUUUAUAGACAUUUAACCAGGACAUGGUACACAAAGUUCAAAAUUAUAGCCAACAUUGUUUGCUGGCCUAGUGAAAUAGUUCUUCCCCUCUUGGUUUUAAAUUUAUUGACUUUUUUGUGCAGAAUGGGGAUGGAAGUGCCGUCUUUUGGCCUUCUGUUCCCACCACUCAAAUAUAUGCCAGGAAGAAAUAUCAACCUGGUUACUUAGUGUUAUUUCAACAUAAUUAUUGAUUGAGGUUGCUUUUCCUGGAGAGAGAUAGACGUACUAUGUGCUUCUUUUGUAUUGAGUUCGCUAACUCCUUUUUCUUAUUAAAAUGAAAA